UAGGUAGAAGUAACUGUUUUUAUGAGUCGCAGAGGAAAUACGAGAGAGCCACCGACGAGAUAUAGAGAUAAUAUAUUGAGCACCUAUCUGCAUGCAUACUAACCACUUCCCUUCUUCUCUCUUCUAGUUCUUUUGUCCUGCCCUUCAAUCUUCAGCCAUCCUCUGCCUCCGGUGCUAUAGUUAUAGACAAGAACAAGUAGCAUCACGUAGAACUUUGAUUCUACUAAGAGAAUGUAGCAGCAGCAAUAGGAGAAGACAUGUUUGCGCCUCAGUUGACGCCCAUGCCAUAUGCCAACUACCAUGGUCGCCGACUCAAGCUGUUGGAAGACAUCUUUCCCUCUUCCCACCAUGUCAGCAUCCCUGAUGAUGAGCUCAUGAGAAGCACCGUGCAAGCUCCUGCUAUUUCAGAAUAUGUUCUAGGAGCUGAAUUGGAUCUCUUCAAAGCUCCAGAAAUCCUCGUAGAAGAGCCGCCACUUGAACUUGAUAGAACGGCAGAUGUCAUAUCUGUUCUAUCUCCUGGACAUGCGACUACAGAAACAAUUAAGGCAGCGAUACAGAGUCAAUCAGAUUCAAAGAAGAUCAUCUGAUAGAUAUAUUCUAUGAGCGCAAGGACCUUCUGGAAAAAUCAGAAACUGAAAAAUUCAAUAUCACAACUUUCAGACGCAAAUGCAGCAAUAGCACAGAUGGAUGAAGCUGUCGCACUUGAAGAACAUACUGAAGGAUCAAUGCAGAGAAGUGCUAGUUCUGGAUGUUUAUGUGCACUGGAAUGGUUCCCCAAUUGCACUUUGGGACCGGACGUUCUUGAUUUCCAAGGAUUUGACUUCGAAACUGCAUUUGGUCUGAGGAGGGCAUUCAGCGAGGGAGAUAUUCAGGUUUAA